GUUUAACUCCGGUUAGCCUGACAGUGUUUAGCCGCUCUGAAUGUCUGGACAGUGUAGCUCCAGGAAGCCCUCUUGAGAGUAUAUUGUUUGUCUGUCAUGUAACCUUAUGGACAUUUAUUCAUCCCGUCGCUGUGAGACCACCGGAGGCCCGCUGGAGGCUGGAAGUAAUGUGGACGCCGCUGAGAGAGGAGGACUGUCCGCACGGUUGUCAACACUACCGGGGAUGAAAUGGUCGCGUCUUCACUGACUCUCAUUCUCACGUUCACAUCCAGACAUCACUAUUAGACUUUCAAAAUGAGGAUCCUAACGUCUCUGCUGAAAAACGCCAACCCCAAAAUCGAGUAUUACUCCAGAUUUUCGCCGUCCCCGCUCUCCAUUAAGCAGUUUCUGGAUUUUGGCAGGGACAAUGCUUGUGAGAAAACCUCCUACAUGUUCCUGCGUAAGGAACUGCCGGUACGGCUGGCCAACACCAUGAGAGAGGUAAACCUGCUACCUGAUAACCUGCUCAGCCAGCCCUCCGUCAGACUGGUGCAGAAAUGGUACAUGCAAAGCUUUGUGGAGCUGCUGGAUUAUGAGAACAGAAAGCCAGAGGAUGCUCACGCUCUGAAUGAUUUCCUAGAGCUCUUGAUUGAGAUCCGUAACCGCCACAACGACGUGGUUCCCACCAUGGCUCAGGGAGUCAUCGAGUACAAGGAGAAGUUUGGCUUUGACCCCUUUAUCAGCAGCAACAUCCAGUAUUUCCUUGAUCGCUUCUACACCAACCGCAUCUCUUUCCGCAUGCUCAUCAACCAGCACACUCUCCUGUUUGGAAACGACACCAACCCUGCCCAUCCAAAACACAUCGGCAGUAUUGAUCCCACCUGCAGCGUGGCUGAAGUCGUCAGGGAUGCCUAUGACACUGCCAAGAUGCUGUGUGAGAAGUACUAUUUGGCUUCUCCUGAGCUGAAGAUUGAAGAGUUUAACAUGAAGGCCCCUAAAAAGCCCAUCCAGGCUGUGUAUGUGCCCUCUCAUCUCUUCCACAUGCUGUUUGAGCUCUUCAAGAACUCCAUGCGAGCCACAGUGGAGCUUCAUGAGAACAGUGCAGAGGGAUUACCACCAGUAAAAGCAAAAGUCACUCUGGGUAAAGAGGAUCUCUCCAUAAAGAUCAGUGACAGAGGAGGUGGAGUUCCUCUGAGGAAGAUAGACCGUCUGUUUAACUACAUGUACUCCACCGCCCCUACACCAAGCCUGGAGCCAGGAGCUGUCCCACUGGCUGGUUUUGGCUACGGUUUGCCAAUUUCUAGGCUCUAUGCCCGAUACUUCCAGGGGGACCUGAAACUCUACUCCAUGGAGGGUGUGGGCACCGAUGCAGUCAUUUAUCUGAAGGCCCUGUCCAGUGAGUCCUUCGAGCGCCUGCCUGUCUUCAACAAGUCAGCGUGGCGGCAUUACAAGACCAGCCCCGAGGCAGAUGACUGGAGCAACCCCAGCAAAGAGCCACGUGAUGCCAGCAAGUCCAAAUACAAAGCCAACAGAUAACUCUGCCUGACCCGCUAGCCCAGCCCUCUGCUGGGGGCCGUAAUUCCCGCACUCUGCCCUUGAGCAUGUAUGAUGAAAUGUUGCCCUUGGGUAAUCGCUUGGUUUAGGAUGAGACUUGCUUUUACAUUCCAGUGGUUAAAGCUUUGGAAAAGAUGGAUGACCUUGAUGUAAAUCUGUACCCAAUGGCAAUGACAUUCAUCAGCGUAGCUUUUACUGUUGUGGCAUUACCACUGGCUCUCCCAACAUGGAGUUUAAAAUGAACCUCUUCCAAAUCAUAUAUCCUCAGUGUCAUUUAGUCAAGGUGAAUCUUUACUAAUGUUGACUUUAUUUUCUCCUCUAUCCGGUUAUUAUUUUAAAAUAAAUUCAGUGCAUCGGGCACAGUUUGGCCUGGCUCCUCUGUGCUGACUGGGCCAUCGCUCCCUGUGGCUGAAUACGCCGUGCACUGCUCAUUGAGUGUCUUUCUCACCACCAGUGAAGGCUUGUAUUCUGUUUUCACCCUCUCAAACACAAGCAGAGUCAGGGGGUUUGAGUUUCAGUGCAAAUGGGAAGAGGAGGAGGUUUCAUUUCCUUCCUUUGGGAGACACUUUAACUGAACGCACAAUUAGGCCAGUGUGCCAUUGGCAUAGUAAAGGCUUGUUUUGGACUUAAUCCUGGGAAAGUGAAAGAGAGGAUUGCGUAUAGAUAAAGGAAAUAACUCUUUUUGGAAAAUGUAUAGAAAACCAAGAGUACACCUUAUUUUAAAAGUUAAAAAUUAACUCAAAGUCAGGAUUUUUUUUAUGUCAAAGAGGGAAAGCCUUACUUCUGGGAACUUAUAGCAUAUUUAAUGUUUUAAAGAAUUUGCCUUGAAGGCUCUACUGGAACUCAAAGUUCAUUUAUAACAGUAGAAUGUUAGAAAUUAUGUUUUUUUCAGAGUAUUUUGUUUAUAUUUUACUACUUCUUCAUCAUACGUCAUACAUUUAAGUAAGCACCCACAUACAGACAGUCAAUCGGCAAUACUGACCCUCAUCAGACAUUUCCGCUUGCAAGCCAGCUCUGCACCCCGAUUUAACAACUAGUAAACGGACCAAAAGGAGCAUCUGUAGGAUGCUUAUGAAAUGCCACCAUGUCAGCUUUGUCUGUCAAGUAGCUUCAACCACACCAGCAUGACAUACUGUAUGGACCACAGAGAAGAAUGGACCUGUUGCAUCUAACAUGGACUAUAAAAGUGGGACUACAUCAUCACAUCUGCUUUCUGCCCUUCAUCCUGCAAACCUUUUACACCUGCCGGGGUGGAUACGCAACAUGCUCACAGCUUGGAUUUGUCACCCUAACAAUGCUUCAUCCAAUCAGCUUUGUGUCUCACUUGUAGUAUUUACUAAUCCUUUACAGUCUUUGAAUGAGUUUGAACAAAGCGUGUGUAUUUUUAAAAUGUGCUUUUGUUUUUUUGUUUUUUCUUGAGUGAAAAGGAAUUUGAAGAUACAGCUAAAACCCAGAAGGGAAUGAUCCGUGACAGGUUUUAAAUUAUUUUAUCAAGGAACAAAGACACAGUUAAAUAAACUACUUUUUAAGGCCUUUGCACUGUCUUUGACAUAGGAACAGGAUUGCUUUUGACUUUUAAUUAUUGUUAUUAUUCAAGUGUGUAGACAGUCACUUUAAUUUUUCUUUAUUUAAAGAAUAGGAAAACAAACAACGUUUGGAAAAGCCGGCAGGAGGAAAUGUGGUUAAAGGAACCACUAAUUAUUGGGUACUGAAGUAUUGCUUCUAACCAACUGAUAUUUGUCCUAUAAAUCAUACUGAAUAACGUUUAUAACGUGCACUUUAACAACCCUACACGUACAUUUUUCCCUUUAAAUAACUUUCAUACAAUCAUAUCAAGAAUUUCUUUGUUAAUGGGAGAUUAUUUAUGAUGAGGUGAGUUCCCAGGUCACCACUCUCAAAACCUUCAUAACAGUGUAAUUUUGGAACUACUGAAAAAGACUUUAAUUUAAAAAAAAAAAACGGGGGCCAAGCCAGGUUGUUGUUUCUAUAAUCUGAAGUGACUUCCUUUUCUCAUCUCCUUUAGGAUUGUAGAUGAAGAAUUCGGCCUCACUAUGAUUUCAUCACUGCCAAUGCCUUCGUAACCUGCCAGUCUCGCUGAGUGACGCUCAGUGGCAGACCUGCUGUAAAGACAGAGACAAUGGUCCUCUUCAUUUAAAGGCCUCAGUGCAAUGUGUGGUCUCCCUGCAACUGAUAGUCACAUUUAAAAGCCAAUGACUGAACAAAAUUCACACCUUUGUCAAAGUUUUGUGUGAUGUAGAGGCCCGAGGAUGUUUGAUCUUCAGUAGCUGUCAACCUUCACUGUUAAGGACUGUUUCUGUACCUACAGUAUUUUAGAAAAUAUUGUGUACAUAACUAUUAAUAAUGUGUUUGCUGCCAGUGUGGAGUGACCGCUUUUCCAUCCUACUGUACCCACAGCUUAAACAGAUGUAUUCUUAUGCAUGAACUCCUCACUGUGGAGGUAGUCACGCAAAGAUAUGCAAUUAAUGCAACAUCAACAUACGUAUACCAAAAAGGUGAUAGACCAUUCUAAUGAUGUGAUCCAGCAUGAGAUCCACCUACAUUGUCAAACCUGACAAUAAAGAAAAUUGCUGUUGUGUGCGA